AUGGCGUCCCUCCCCUCCCCUUCGACCGUACUUGAUAUCAACUUGGACGAGGCAACCAGAGCGCAGAUAAAGCGCGAUGUCGAGAAGGAGCUCGGUCACAUGGUGAGCGACGCACGCCAGGAGCUGGAGAAGGCGACCGCCAACGCACAGACGGAGGCCGAGCGUGAACGCGCGCAGAAGGAUUAUAAGGAUACAAUGGAGACCAUGAAGAUGCUUGCAAGCGAGAUGUUCACGACGCGCAUGCGCGAGCUAGUCAGCUCGCGUCGAAAUCCUGCAGGCGGCCCCUCCGUUCAAAACCAGCAGCAGAGGAUCUUGGAAACUAUCCAACAGGCUUCUCCCGUCGUCUCUCAAUCUCCUCAGUACUUUCGUCAUAACAAUCGGCGGCCCAAUGCGCUGGAUGUAGAUCAAGAGGGGGAGUUUGAUGAAGAAGAAGAGUUCGACGAAGAGUUCGAGGACGGAGAGGACUAUAGCAGCGAAGGAGAGCCACAACCUGCUUCUGGUCCGCGAUCAGCGUCGUACAUGCCACGACAGCCACCACAGGCAAUUCCGUACGCUGGGCCGCGUCGUAACACUCUUGAGCGUGGCUCGUCUCAGACAAUCGGCCGCUCGCCCCUCGAGGACGGUGGUGAGAAAGGCGACACGGAGGAUGAAGAGGAUGGACCGCCUGCUCAAGUUCGGCGAUCGAGCCAAUCCCGUCCAAAUCGCCGAUCCAGUUCCAGCUCGGGCACGUUUCAGCGUCAGCAUCCUCAAAUGUGGAAGCCUCCUCCAACGACCGAACCGUCCGGCAUCUCACGCACUUUACAACAUGCGGGGACUGCCCCAUUACCUGGCCCUCCACGACGCGGUAGUGUCAAUGGCCAAGGUAGCGGUCCAAGUGUACCUGGUGUACCCGGGAGCUUUCGUGGUGGACCGACACCGAGUCCGUACGAAGGUCGCUCCGACGGGCGCGAACGCACGAAUAGCGAUCAAGCUGGCUGGCCUCCCGGUCGUGUUGGCCGGCAUCCAUCUCUCGGUAUCGAACGUGGACCUACUGCGUCUCCGCGCGUAGAAGGAGGCACCGCUUCGCCUUUCCCUCCCGUUGCUUCAGGGUCCUCACCACGCACUGGCCAGUAUGGCGUCGGCGCUCGUCCUAUUCCCAUGGGCGCAUCAAAUCGACCUUCUCCACACGAUGAUAGCAUGCGCUUUCCCGCAACGGGUAGCAGUCCCAGCAGACCCUUCUACGGUCCACAGCGCUCGCCAGACGAUACUCGCAAUGGCAUCAGCGUGCCUCGCGGGCAGUACACGCCCGAUGAGAUGCGUGCUGGCUCUUACGUAGGCACUCGCUCCAUGCGCUCACGCCCUAGCCGAGAGGACUUUGGCGCCCAUCGACGUGUCGAUUCUUCUGGUGGCUGGUCCCGAACGCGCGGUGUUGGGGAAGAAGACGAUGCUUUAUCAGACUUCCCAGAGUUUGAGGAAGACGAUCUGCCCGGGAUGGACUCGAAUAGCGUCCGCAGCGGCCGUUCGCAGGGCAGUCUGGCUUUCGCGCGCAUGAAGGAGGCCUUUGAGGCUGAGCGACAACGCUUGAACGAACGCAUUGUCGAGCUCGAGGCUUCCAUACGACAGAAGGAGGCGGAGGCUAAGCAGCUCGAGGCUGAUGCUAAGGAGCACGAGGCAGUGGCGCGGCGUCUCGAGCAGGAACGAGAGCGAGAUUCCGUCAAAUUGAGGAACGACCGUUUGGAGAUCAAGGACAAAGAGGCUACUAUGAAGUUACGAGAACUGGAUCUCAAGCGCCAACAGGACGAGACGAAUCGGGAGAGAGAGAACAUUGAGAAGCGCCUUGAAGACUUGCGCAGACAAGAAGUAGAGCUUCGCAAACGACAGCAGGAGGUGCAGCGCAAGGAGGAGGAUGCACGGAGGAAGGAAGAUGACGCGCGACAGAAGGAGGAGGAUGCGCGGGAGAAGGAACGCGAUGCUCGGCAGCGUGAGGCUGAUGCUCGCAAGUGGGAGGCAGAGCUGCGCACGCAAGAGGAGGAGCUCAAACAGCGUGUUGCCGCAUUCCGCGACGAAGUUCGGGCGCAUGAAGAAGACCAUCGCGCGCGAGAGGCGGCCGUUCAAGCGCUCGAAGCUGACGUUCGUCGCAAGGAGGAGGCCAUGGAUCUCCGCGACAGCGUCUUGACCCAGAAGGAGCAAGACUUCAAAGAGCGCGUCGCUGUACAAUCGCGAGAGUACGAGCAACGCCGCAAGCAGGAGGCGGCGAAGGCGAAGGCGGCUGAGCAGGAGCGGCGGAAACUGGCGGAGGAGGCGGAGGAGGCGCUGAAGAAGCGUGCGGAGGAAGCGGAACGGGAGCGUGAAGAGGAGGCGGAGCGUAAACGCGAAGAGGGUGAAGAGGAGGAUGAAGAGCGUCGCCAAUCUCUUGAUCAAGACGAGGAACGCCUUGAGAAGGAGCGCGAGGAGCUCGAGGCUGAACGUCAACGAAUCGCCGAAGAGCGCCAACGCCUCGAAGAAGAGCGAGAUACACUUCUUGCGGAGCUACAGCAACAGCGCGAACAGCUUGAGAGCGAACGUCAGGCUCAGUUGAGCGCCCAGUCCGUGGAGGAGACUCGGAAGCAGGCUCAAGAGGCGAGGAGAAAAGAUUUGGAGGCGAGGGCGGCGAAGCGACGAGAGAAUGAAGAGAAACGCGAAGCUGAGGAGAGACGCUUGGCGGAGGAGCGCAGGCUAGAGGAGGAACGUGAAGAGGAGGAGCGAAAGGCAGAGGAUGAGCGGAUUGCUCGAGAAGCACAGGAGGAGGAGGAACGCUUAGCAGCGGAGGAAGCGGAGGCGGCUAGGGUAGCGGAGGAGCAGCGCCUCGCGGAGGAGAAACGCGUAGAAGAGGAGAGGAAGCGUGCGGCAGAGGAGAGGAGAAUGAAGGAAGUGCGUAUGGCACAGGCGAGGCGCGAACAGCAGGAGGCUCAGAAGAAGCGUGCGGAGGAAGAGGAAGCAGCCCGUCGGCGCGAGGAGGAAGAUCAUCGACUCGCGCAAGAGCUUCAGUCAGAGGAGUGGCACCAGGCUGCGUCCAGGCGGCAGGCGGCGCAGGAGGAGGCCUUUCGCGAACGUGAGGCUCAGUACUACAAUCGUACCGUCGAAAGGGAACGCAACCGGUCCAUCGAUGGCAGCUACCGUGGUCAAACUCCAGCCUUUGAUGGUCUCUUCCGUGGCACGACUCCUGCUCCCUCAUCCUCGCCGUCUUGGUCUAUGCCCUCUCGAAGCGGGCCCACCACAGCCGCAGCUCCUGCGACGGCCGGUGAUCGUAGCAGCACAUCUUCUUCCAACUGGGGUUCAUCAACCUGGAGUCGGCCCACGUCCACCUCGAGCGCACAAACUUCCUACUCUCAAUUCAGUACGACCGCCAAGCCGACUCCCAUACCGAAAGCCUCCGGUUCGCGGUCAGGGAACAGCUUCUCGAGUUCAUCGCCUCGCGCCUCUACCACCGCACGGGAUGAAGCAGAGUGGCAGCGCCGCAUGGACGAGCGUGCUCGCGCCCAAGCCGAGGCUUUCAAGCGCGAACAGGAGCGUGCCGAACAGGAGCAGCAGGCAAGGGUUGCGACGCGGGGCCUGUCAGCCACAGAUAUGACCGCGCUCUUCGCCCAGCACGCGAACAUAUGGAAGUCGCUCUUCAGUAGCGAGGGCUUGCGAUGGAACGACUUCCCUUGGCCAGUCUUUAAGCGACCUUCGGAGCCAGAGGAUAUGACAACACAGGCCAUAGGCGCUUAUGUCCUUUCAAAGAAUGCGCCGGACGCACAGAAGAGCUCGAAGGAUCGGAUCAAGGAUCACAUCAAGCGCUGGCAUCCUGACCGCUUUGAGACCAAGGUCUUACCCCGAGUCUUCCAGACGGACCGCGAGAAGACGAUUGACAUUCCGCUACUUGUAAUAUCUACUUGCCUGGCUCCAGCAACUCAAGAAUUGUAUCUAUACCCUCAUAUCAUCAUGCAACUAUCUGUACAAACAUCAUCUUUACCUAUAUUGUACGCGCACUUGGAACGAACAUCGGUGUACUGCGCUUUUGGCAUGUGUACUUGA